AUGCCCUCCGCAGUGUCCACCACUGAACUCCAAACGCUUUCAUCAAAAGCUAUCGCGGCGAAGGAAGCGGCGUAUUGCCCGUACUCAAAAUUCCGCGUGGGAGCCUGUCUGCUCACUGAAGAAGGAGAGUUUGUUGUUGGCGCCAAUGUAGAGAAUGUCAGCUACCCGGUCGGCGUAUGUGCUGAAAGAUGUGCUUUUGGGACUGCAGUGGUUGCAGGCCACAAGAGCUUCAAAGCUAUUGCAGUCGCGACAGACAUCUCUCCCGGCGCCUCGCCGUGCGGGAUGUGUAGGCAGUUUAUGAGAGAGUUCUGCACUCAGUCUUUCCCCGUUUACAUGUAUGGUAAGGAUGGGAAGUAUGUCAUGAAGACGAUGGGCGAGCUUCUUCCAAAUUCAUUUGGGCCUGAUGAGCUGCCCCGAUGA